UCUCCAGGAUGAUAAAUGUGCUGAGCAGCCCUCGCUUCUCCCGCUGCCCAAUAAUCUCCAGCGAGAGAACUGCGGCUGGCCCGCCCCUGCGCGUCCAACUGGAAACCACUCUCCGCUUCCUCCAGCUUUUUGGCACCAAAGUGGCGCACCACGAGCAGCAGUGGUGACGGAGGAGUGCGCCUUUCCAGCGAUGCUCCGCGUCCACGACUCUAUUUCUGGUUGAGUGACGAGCCUGCUGUCCAGUCGCCGCCAUGAUCGCCACCGGCGGCCUGCUGCGCAUGAACAGGCGCCAGGAUUCCCUUCGCUCCAAGAACCGAGCGGAAAACAAGCGCAAGCGGAAAUCCAAGAAGAAGAAGAAGAACGACGUGGUGGUGGUGAAGGGCAAGCUCAACCUGUGCUCCCCGGCCGGCUUGGUGGCCGCCGUCGGGGUGGUGGUGCUCAUGGUGGGGAUUUCCAUGGCGGUGCUGGGCUACUGGCCCAGCCAGAGCCAGCAGCAGUACCAGGACCGCCGCAGAGCCGGAGGCUUCUUCGGUGGCAGGAUGGGUUACUCCAAAAGCACACCCCUAGCCCCCAACAUCACCGGUGACGUGUCCAACCACACCGGGUCGCUCAACCACAGCCAUGCCAACAGCAGCUUCCCCUCCCCCAACUGUGGCUUCCUCUGUGACUUUCUGGACAACUACCUGUACUCAGACAAUCUCAAGGUCUUCGGGCCGCUGGUGAUGGGGAUCGGCAUUUUUCUUUUCAUCUGUGCCAACGCCGUGCUUCAUGAGAACAGAGACAAGAAAACCAAGAUCAUCAACCUGCGGGACAUCUACUCCACGGUCAUCGACCUGCACAGCGUCCGGUCCAAGGAGCACGCGCCUCUGAACGGCAUGGUGAACUACACGCAGUCGCGGAGUGCGGAGGUUCCGUCGGGCUCCUUCCCGGCGAGCGGGCUGCUCACCCGCAGCUCCUGGCCCUCCACCGGACUCAGCUUCCCGGGCGAGUCGGGCGCAGACGAGGUUUUUCGACGUCCCUCUUUGGCGGGACGGACACGGAGCUGGUCCAGAGAUGUCCAGACCUUCACAGACACGGUCUACAGCAUAUACAAGGACUACAGCAACAGCGGCGAGCAGGCGCCGCAGCCUCGCCAGUGGGAGACCACCUCCAUCGUGACCUCCUCUGUCAAUGCCUUCACCCUCCCUGUCAUCAAGCUGAACAACUGUGAGGUGGAGGAGUCGGAGAAAGUGGAGGCAGAGGACGCCACGGAGACCGCUGCCACCGACCAGGAAGGGCCGGGCCGCUGCGGAGACAUCGACCAAGCGGACCCUGAGGAGACAGAGGCGGCGGAGUCUGAUUCUCCUCCUCUUCAUCGGAGCAGUGAGGACGUGGAGGCAGACGACCAGCAGAGGGAACAGCAGGAGCAGAGCCAGCCCCAGUGGACCCAGCUGUUCCCUCCAUCACCUGUUGCCAGGGUGAUGGGAUCUCGGCUGUCGCUCAACUCCCUGACGGAGCAGCCCAGGCCGGCACGCCGCUGCAGCCUGUCGGUGUCUGUGUGUCGCCAGGGCGACCGAGGCCGGCGCUUCAGCUGCCCUCGCCUGGAGCGCUCCAACAGCAAGGGCUACAUCAAACUGACAGACCUGGGGGGCGAGUCCUUCGAGGCCCCCGACACUGACACGUCUUUGGUGGGGACUGAGCCCGGGGAUCCUUCGGUGGAGGCGGACGCUGGAGACGCCGCUCAGGGUGAAGAGGAGCUGGUCUCAGCCAGCGCCUCCACGGAGUCUUAGACCUCUGGUGUUUUUUGCAGACGAGCCUGUAAACGUCUUCUUCUCCAGUGAAGACUCAUAGCAAUGAACCCUCACGAGCGAGUCCUCUCAGUGUAAACCCCACACAAGGUUUUAUAUUUUUUCAAUGUAGCAAGAGCAAUACUAAAGACUUGCGGUACGUUUUAGUAAGAUUUGUAAAGUCCCGAACGGAGAAACCGUUUUUUGUACAACAGUAGGGCAAAAACUGUAGCUGGUCAAGUCGCCAAAACUGAACUCUACCGUACAACCUGUCGUACCGUAGCAUCGACAGGCGCCACAGGAAGGUCUGCGUCGUGGUGUGGAUCCGUGAGGUGAACUGAAUCUCAGGUAGGACGUCUGGUUUGGGAUCGGGACCUUGAAGCUCUUCUCUUACCUGCACACUUGUUCAUAAGACACUUGGUCGGACUAAAGCACCCGUGACACCGACGGUGGGUCUGCUCGAUGUUCUUGUGUGAUGUUAGAUGACAUGCGUUGAAUGCAAAGUAGUUUGCUCCAAAUAGUUUUACUUGCAUUAAGAAACCAAUAAAAUAAUUGAU